AGUUCUGCAGACGGAGCUUAGCUCAUCGAGAUGCAAAGAGACGGAAAAACGUUUGAUGGUAUUUGUCCCAACCAAGUGAGGCAAAAAUGGACGAACGCUGUCACAAACAAAACGGAUAAAGUGCUUGUGCCAAGAAGCAGCAGUCCCGUCACUGUGUAUGUUGAGUUUCCAUGUAUCAUCGAACAAGCUUUCUCAACAAUUGCAUGGGAUGAUUUGGAAGAGGGUGCAUCCUCUAUGAGACAGGAGAGAGACUCCCUCGGCUGUCAGGAAUUGGAUGCAAAUAACCAGGAUUUUGGAGAAUAUGGGCUGGAUUUCAUGGCAGCUUCGCCUACAACCCUGGAGAGCAGUUUGUCCUCAGCUGAGCUGGUACCUUUUCAAGGAUAUGUUAUACCUCCCCUCACCCCUCAGCACAACCUUUCACCAGGAGACAGUCUGCUUAACUCAUCUGCAGAAACAGGCAACCCACCUGCCCAGGAUGGAGAUUCCUGGAAAGGGAUAGCAGAGUGUCAUGGAAAGGCACUGGGACAUAGCUUAGCAGUCAACAAACAGCUCCACGAGUCCCUCCAAAGGCAACAAGACGAGAUUGAUUGUCUUGAAGAAAGAAACCUUCACCUCAGGCAGCUGGCUAGUCGAGCAAAGCACCUAGCUUCUGUGCUUGAAAAAUUGAUGACAGUCAGAGACUCAAAUGUAAAAGAACCAGUAAUGCCUUAUGGUGGUGAUAAAACCUCACUGAGUCCUUGUAAGCGACAGCGGCUGGAUGAAGGUUAUGAAACUGAAUCCUCUGACUCAGUGGAGGACAUGUUGAGGGAUAUUAGCACACGCUGCAAUGCUGUACUUCACAGCAGCUCUACUGAAACAAGGCUGCAACAGGAAUCAAAGGCUAUAUGCAUGUAUGGUGCAUUCUCAGGCCUGCAGACAUCCAUAGCUAAAGACAACAACAUGCCUGUGGAUGCAGCAGAAGCUGGUGAGAGUGUCUCAUCUUUUAGAACCUCUGUCAGAGAACACAGCACUAUAAGAACUCAGGUCUUUCCUCAUGGACAUGCCUUUACCUCAAGGACUCAGCAAGGAGGAUACCGCUUUCGCUGGGUUCCCAAACAAAGUUGAAAUGAGAGAUUAGCAAAUAAAGCUGGAGUUGUUAUGUGGCUCUUAUGCAGAUGCCCUAAUUCUGUUGGCUGGACAGAAGUGUAUCUGUGGGCUGCAACUGUUAAUGCUUAACUUAUAAUCUAUAGUGAUAUCUGUAAAUAAUUCAGUGAUGUCUUCCUCAGGUAGCUUGAAAGCUAAUCAUUCAGAGAAGAGGUGCUUAACAAAGGAAAUUAAACUGCCCAAGCUGUUGUUUACAUUGCGUUUUGGUUUACAUAGUUUAAUAUUUGUUUAUGUUUGCAUCUCAUGUUAUAUUCUUUGUCCUGGAA